UGUGUUUUGUGGCAGCAGCCUGAGAUUUGUUAUUUUGUGCUAAAUAGGACAAGUUUUAAGUUAUUCACCAGUGAAUUUGUUUACCGAAGAAACCCCAAUCGAAGAACUUGGCACAGCUGGCUGAACUCUCAUCCUAGGACUGAAGCUUUACAAAUUACCGAAACACGAUGAAUGCGCGGCCUACUUCGCUACCCGGACGCGAACUUUAUGAUCCUCUUUGCAAAGCUCUGCAAUCGGAAUCCUAUGAGAAAGUAGAUGGCUUGUUGGUCGAACUUGAAAAAAUGUGUCGUUCCGCUGCAGCGGGUAAUGGUAUCCUGAAAAACAACGCAAAAAACCCCAUCACAAAGGAUGAACUCAGAUUCUGGCUGGUGGAUGUUGGUCGUUUGAUGUUUGAGGAAAAGUCACCCAAAACGAAGCAACUCGCGUUACAUGCUCUGGAGUCGGCAGUGAACCACAUUGGGGCUACCAAUUACCUGGAUCACCCUGCAUGGGGAGAAAUGCGUGAAGUUAUUAGCAAGGAGUACACAUCCUUGCUAGAUACGGCGCGUAGCGAAAAAGACACAAACUGGCAUCGUAUUUGGUCUGUAUUGGUACGAAUUAUAAACCGAGAGCUUUGCCAGGGUUCGUCGAUCAUAAACAUGUUUUUAUCGAUCGUUGAGGCCGGAUUCAGGUCUCCGGAACUUUUAAUCCGAGAACAGUCCUUCGACUGCUGGCGACUGCUGGUCGAGAUCUUUGCCAACAACAAGCAAAUUAACAUUCCCAAACGGGUGAAAUUGAUAUGUAUUCCGCUUAAAAGUUCAAAGUCGAAAACGGAAACGAUAGCAUUGAAAAAGUUCGACAUAUGGUGGUUCCUUUUGUGUCAAUUACGUUCGCAAUUGGAUGCUAUGGCGGACACAAUAUUCGAACCGUUCAUAUAUUUUUGCUUUGGACCUUCGUUCAAGGCACCUUUGUGCUAUUACUUUGACACGUCCUACGAAGAGCUAGGUGCACCGGGAAAAAUGUACCAAUCUAUCAAACAAUUAUCAGCCAUCGCUUUGAUACAUCUUCUCGGUCCAGCACCGGACAUUGCAAAAACAUUGCUCACGUGCUCUGACAGUUGCGGUACCCAAUUGCCCUUCGAUUUUCCCGUAAACGGAAUGGCGAUAUCCGACACGCUGUUUUCUUCCAAAGCAAAAUUAAUUAUCGAUUCGUGUAUUGAGUGUACGGUACUGUUAGCACAGAUGCAACAUCUAGACUAUUUGCAGAUUAAUAGAUGCGUAUGGAACAAUUUGAUAAACCGCAUAUGUACUGAAACAACACUUCCUAAAACAGACAUGUUAAAGUGGAUUAAAGAGGACAUGAACGCGUUGUUGAAACUGUGUUUAUUUCAAGAGAAUGAUCUGGUGCUUCGUGAAAUGUUGUAUGACACCCUGCUAACUAUAACGCAAAGCGAUCUACUGAAGGUUAAUAUUGGUGUUGAUUCACCGGAACAACUGACUUUCAACUACAAAACUAUAAUGUCACUCAUAUUACAUCCUCAGCUUCCUUGUCCACCACAAAAAUCGGAACCAAUAGUAAAAUCAUUAUUCGAAUUGAAAAAGCACGCUGGUCAAAAUGCGGUUUGGGAUAUUUUGCAAAAAACUAUUCAAUAUCUAUACCAUAUGGACGAUAACAGCUUCAACAAUAGCUCCGACUUUCGUCCAAUACGAACCCAAAUCUACACACAUCUGGGAAGCUAUCUUACAGCAGAAAUGCAGAACAAUAUGGAAAGGUGUUUGCAGCAUCAAACCACGGUGAUGAGUUUCUUGCUAUAUCCGCUAGAAUACGAUCAAAUGCUUCUAAAAGAAAGCGUUAAAGACCUUUGGUUGCAGGUAUACGAACCACUAGCAAAACAGGAAACAAAAACGUGUGAGUUUGUAAACGCAUUCUGUGCAAUGAUCAAAGCCAUGACCAUUGCCAAGCAUGGUUACAGCACCGCCGUAGUGGCCGACUCCCUAUGCUGCAUAAUGCAAUCGCUAUCGGUGCAUUUCGAACCUACCAGCUCCCCAGUGAAAGUGCUGGAGCUUUUUAAAGAUGUAACGAGGAAAGGUCUUGCCUAUAAAUCGAAUCUGGAUCGAAUCGAGGCGAUGGUGUGUUGCUUCGCAGAAUUGCUGGAAAAACUAAGUGUUAAUCAUAUAUUGAUUUUGAUUUUGCCGGUAAGAAAUGCGAUCAAUGAACUAGUGUCCAGCGAAGACGGUUUGCAGAUGAAUGAGGUUAGAAAAAUGCUUAAGGUAUUAUCUAACAAAAUGGUCAGACCACAAAUGUCGAAAGAGCUGUCUUCCCAGUCUUGCGAUGUCAAAUGGAACUUAAAAAUGUUGCUGAAAACCAUAUUGAGCUUGCCAGACGAUGUGAAGAAGGGUUGGAAAACUACAGAAUUGGCAAAGCUGAUGAAAAGCUGCGAUGAUAAGGCUGGAAACAGUAAAACCCCAACACGUAAAACUGAAGCUGAAGAGUUCGUAGUGAUAGAUAAGGUGUGGAAAUUCAAGCCUGAAUCUCUCACCGAGCAUCAGCGUGAAAAAAUGAUGGAAAAGCGAACAGAUAUUCCAGCGUUGUACAAUGAUAUGAGCCAAUCCCAGGACAGCUUUGUUAUAAAACCAUGGACACCGAGCAAAGGCGUGGCUUCUUUGAAGCAGGAUCGUACUAACUCUGCAGUUACAAUUGCUGUUGUUGAUAGUGCAAUAUCACAUAACGAAGAUAACAACAUCGUAUCAAAAGAAACCAGCGAAACAUCGAAUGUACAAAUCGAAGGAACCAUUUCGACAACGAAAUCUCCUAGUGAAUCGGAUACGAAUCGAUUGGAUAAGGAAAACAACAAUGGAAAUGUUUUAAGUGAUGAAACUGUAACGACAAAUGAGCAGCAAGAGCAAAGUGAUUCUGAUAAAGAAAUAUCAGGUAAACAACAAAACCGUAGAAGAUCAAUUCUUGAGAAUCUGCGUAUAGAUACAGUUGAAGGCAAGAGUCUGGAUGUUAUGAAUUUGUCACGUACGAGGCAUUCGGAUGCAUUAAAAAAGAGAUCUACUCGGCAAAAAAGAACCCCGAGUCAGAAAAUUGAGAGCGAGAAAAAGCGCCUUUCUUUAUCGAGAGUAAAGCUGAAUCCGAGAAGUGCGUCUACCUCCAAGAUAGCAACACAUCGAAGUUCACAACGGAAAGAAAAUAAAACUUCUAGGAAGACAUUGAAUUUUGAUAAAAAAAUGCAUAGUGCUUCCUCAUCAAGCGAAUGCGAAGACAAAAGUCAAUCCCAAAAGAAAGCUGAUGUAUCCGAUGAUGUCAUUGAAUCUUCGCAAUCCGACUCUUCAGAAUCUACAAACAAGAGAUUAUCUAUCGCUAGGUCACGAACAGCAAAACUAACAGAAAAAUCGAAAACUCAGUCAGAAAUAUGUUCAACAAUAGUGCUCAACAAGAGUAGCGCAGUGCAAGAAAACAACGUAAACAUAAUGACGCCCGAUGUAACAUCGACCGAUCGAAAGGAUAUUGACGAUGUGGUUCCUGAAGCUACAAAUACACAGAGUCAUGAUAAAGUAGAUGUUGGUGAAUCUGCGGAGUUGGGCCAACGAAAAGAAGUAGAGCCAAACGCAGUACAAAAGUCGCCACAAUUGUCAAAUCAUGAGAGCAAUCCUUCCUGCACGAAACACGAUUCAACACAAUCUGGCUUCACCCAAAAAAUCUCCACCAUUGUCUUAUCACCUAGCAGGCGCUCUGCUCGGCUGUCACUAGAUGAUAGCAGUAAAAUCGGCAACAAGAUGGCAAUUCUCUCGCCUAGAAAGAUGACUGAAACAACAUUGGUGACCAAAUGCUUUUACAGUCCUUCUAAAACUAUUAACAAGUUGGAACUGAAAGAAAAAGGAACACCUUCGAAAAAAACAAAUGUAUCCUGUAACAACGUUAUGUGGGAAGCACCAAAAUUAGGCGCUAAACCAAGUCAUACAAACGAGGAAAAAGAUUGUGGUUUUGUUGAAAAUCAUAGCGGAUUAUCGAGCCCGAAGGUUGCACGUUUCAGCCCAUUAGUUAUAUUGGAACCAAUAAAAAAAAUUGCAAAGACAUCGCAGGACGCAGACGAACAUCAUACCGAAGCGAUCUCUCACCCCAUCAGCUCGAAGAUGGAAUCCAAGGAACAAGACGAGAACUUUUCUGGCAUCGGUACACAACAAACUGCAAAAUCCGUUAAGCACCAUCUACCAAUUGUAGAUCCAUCCACAAAUGUUGUAGAAGCGAUUGGUGGUAAAACGAAAGAGUCCUUGGGCGAAACUAUGUUAUCUGCAAAACAGGAACCUAGCGAACCAUUGGUGCCAAACAUGGACCAGCUCUCGCCGGCAAAAAAUUUGGACGAAGAGAUGGAACCUCUAAAUAAAUCUCUUAAUCGCAGUAUUGUAUCUUCGCCUGAUCUUGCGGGCGAGGAGGAGAGGAACGCUGAUUUGCUUAAUAAUACUGUGAAUAUUUCUCCUAUAUCGGAGGAAAAGAGUUUAGCCGGGAAGAUUGUGGAUCCUGGGGAGCUAGCGGGCAGCGCGACAGCCGAAAGACGAUCAUCUAAUAGAAUUGGUGGAAAAGAACGAGAUAUUAUGUCAAAUGCUAACACGCCAGUAUCCACUCUUAUGACCCGUCGAUCCAAGGUUAGUCCAACCCCGCAGACACCAUCUGGAACAAAUAGUGCAUUUAAAGCUCGCUCUCUGCAGCAGUCCUCUUUACCGCGCAGUCCUAGAACUAAUAUGCUUGGUUUAGGAGGGCGCGGUGCACAGCUGAUUAAUUUGAUCCGCAACCAGCAGAAUGACCAAUCGCCGAAACCGGACACUCCUCCACAAAAAGCCUCGACACCAAAGGGAGGCCUUGGAUCGGCAGCCGCAAAUCGUUUGAUGAUGCGUAAAAAAGCCAUAGUCGGUAAUGCCACGUCAUGUGCAGCCGAAGACAUGAUACAUGCGGAGCAAAUGAAGCAAAGUGAAGAAAAUUGCCGAGAGAAAUCUUCGCAAUACCUGUUCUUUUCUAAAGCAUUGCCUUCGCCGCUAGCAUCUCCAGCUAGCAGCAUACUGAAACGUAAGCACAACCAGGACGAGAGUGGUGAAGAUAUCGAAUCGCCGAUCAACAAGCGUAAACGCGUCAGUUUUCAUGAUCCUCCUGUUUCUCUAACGAAGGAAUACAUUCGACAAGCGGAAGAGUGUCGCCCCGUAUCGGUUAGCCGUAGUUUGCAGCUGUCUAGUAGCAUAACUUCGUCGGCCGAUAGAACAAAGUUUAUGAUGCGGCGAAAAAGCAAGUCGGAUAGCAUUUCAGAGCUGCAAUGUUUUACCAUCUCGCAGACACACACGUCAAAUUCAGGAGAACCAACUACCAUUCCUAAUAGAGCCAUGGAUGCAGAUAUAGAAGAGGUGGAACUAACGUCUUCACCAGAAUCUCUGGAUGAGGAUGAAUUUAUGAUGCUCGAUGCUACAGAUAAUAUGACCGCUUUACAGGUGACUUCUGAUUGUAUUACCUUGGGCAAGAAUGAUACUGCUUCAGCAACGCAAUCUGAACUUGCUCUUGAGGAAGAACAGCAACACGUAGCUGUUGCGCUGAAAAAAUCGAACGAUUCGCCAAACAAAAUAUCAUUUUCCUCAGAGGAGGCUCUAAUGGAGCACGUUCUAAACCGUUACACACUGGACGACAUAUUUGAGCGCUACAUUUCUGCUGGAAGAUCGUUGGAAAAACCUAAAAGUAUUCGAACACUAGCGAAGGAGCUGUCGACAAAAAUGUCUGAAGAUCUAAAGAUGCGUGACAUGGUGCUAGAUGAACUAUCGGAGAGACAUUCGGAAGAAUUUCUGGAUCACGCCAUACAGGAAAAUUCGAAUGCUAAAGUUUGCGAACGCUUAUCAGCGAUGACUAUGAUAGAUCACGUAUUCAAACGACUACACGCGUCAUACAAUACGCACCGACCAGCUGAUCAAGCUUUUGGCGUUGCACAAAACGAAAAAGAUGAAACAAUGCGAGUGGUGGAAAACAUAUUUGAAAAUGUACUAAGCUUACCAAGCACAGAAAUAGAUGGGCAAAAAUUAGCAGAGCUUCGCGAACAAUUGCUCCGAAAAGAACUAGCGCGUAAAAGUCGUUUAGAGAUCAUGACUUUGCUGGAGAAUUAUUUCAAGACAUCUAGCACGGUGUGAUCGUAGCUGCGUUACUGAUGCAUCUUAAAAAGUAUAUUACUAUAACUUAAGGGACAGUAGCGUGUAUGAAUUAAUUACUUUCGCGAUAUAAUUAUUAUUGUUUUUUUUAAUAUACCUCCAUGUCAUUGAUGUCAAGUGUUGUAUUGUACUAGUUCCGUUCUAACGCUACAUUUGUAGAAGUUAGUUACUUUGAAUGACGAAAUAUUUAACGUUAUGAGUGUAAUGUACAAAUGUAUAGUAAAGAGUAAUGGUAAAAUGAUGGUAAAUUUAAACAUUGUGAACGAUAGCCCAUCUCAUGCUAUGAGGUAAAUGAAAACGAAAUAUUAUUUAGUUAAUAAAUGUGUGCUAUUGAUGUUUGAUGAUUCGUCGUAAAAUUUCUUCUACAGUUCUGAAACCCACUUCCUAUGGUUUUCAUAGUCUAAAAACGUAAUAUAACUUUAUAGCUAUGUCGUAUGUUAUUUAUAAGAGCAUUGAUUUUUUUUUCUGAAUGUUCCGAGCUGGCGCAACAAUCUCUUAAAAUAUGACAGGUCAUAGAAGACAGGCCAUCGAAAAUUUAAAUAACAUUUUUUUAUCAUGUUAAGGAAUUGACCCUAUGCUCGAACGAUGUACAACGGCUUAAAUUUUUUAUGUUGUAAGAACCCUAAUUUGAACUUAGGCACCAUUUGUAAAUAGAAAUUGCAAAUAAAUAAUGAAUUGUAAU